GCAAUAGAAUUUACAAAUCCAUUAGAAGAAAAUGGUUCUGUCACAGUGAUUAGUUGCUGACCGACGACCGUAGAAGGGUGAUAAUUCUGUUGUUCAAUCACAUAGUUUAGACAAGCUUGCACAAUCUCUGCAUGAAUUCCAAAAUCAGGUAACUGGCUAAGUUCGAUGCCAAGAGAGGAAAGCAUACAGAUUUGAUCGCGUAUGUUUGGCCAAAGCUGGGGAGAAGUCAACAGAGUAUUAGCUUGCAUUUGAGGCGAAAGAUCGAGAAAUUUGGAAAGUAAAAAGAAAUCUGGUAGUUGGCAAAGAAUCGCAGCCAAAACCAUGGGAGCAUUGGGAAUACUAGGUGCUGGGCAGUAUGCAAUAUCAGUAGAAUGUGGUAUCAUAUUUGGAAACAUAUGCAUAUGGGGUGAAUUAAAGGCAGCAUUAUUGAAUUCUGGAAGCGCACUUGGUGGUGGAUUCAUAAAAGAGGCAGGCAAAAGUUUUGGAGCAAAAGCCAAAGGGGGGAAAGCGGGUGGAUGAACUGUUUCUGAAAUAUGCAUUGGCGACAUUUGAUGAAGCAUUGGAACAGUAGCUCCAAAUUGUAUAGAUUGCUGUGGAAAAUCGAAAUUUGGGGUAGAUAUAUAUUGUAGCUGAGGCGAGUUAUGCUGAUAGGCAGAGCUGUGUCCUAUAUUAUGAGUCGAGUUUUGC